AUGGGUGUCGAAACCACAGUGAUCCAGUCUGAACGACUAUGUCCUAGCAUAAAGCCCACAGAAAGGGCAGUGCCUCUAUCGCUACUAGAUGCAACGACCGCCGACUUUUCUUCGACAACUGCUAUUUGGUUAUUCGAGCGGCCUGAAGAGACUCUAAAGGAUGGGUUUGAUUUGUUCGAUCACUUUCGCCAGUCACUUCGGGUCACAUUGAAUGACUACCCGCAGUGGACUGGCCUCCUCAAAAGCAUCACAACCCUCGAUCUGGCUAGACAUGAGAAAGAAACCCUUCAGUUUCCACCGCAUGCUCGUCGUUUCGGCCGAGUCUAUGUCCACUAUGGAUUGCCACAGGAUCCUGGAGUCGAAUUCAUUACCGCGACUUCCACCGCAACUAUUGAAACACUGUGUCCCGCAUUAAGAACCAAAGAAAAACCGCUUUUCGAUCAUCAGAAUAUACGACUCGACAGUCUAAUUCCUUCAGGUCGCUUGUCUAGUGCAAUUACAUCUGUCAAAAAAGAUGUGGCAGGUCUUUUGCCACCGGCAUUUGUCAUUCAGUUGACAAGAUUAACCUGCGGUGGAUUUGCACUGGGAGCUAAAAUUGCGCAUCCUCUUGCCGAUAUACAAUCACUUGUCUACUUUGUCAAGGACUGGGCAAAGAUCAGCCGCUGCCAGCACUUAGGAGACCCGAAUGGCCUUAAGCCCACCCUUCAACCGGUUUUCGAGCCAGAACGACUCGACUCGAUGGCGGCGGGAGAUAUUAAUGGAGAGGGUGCUAAUCCAGAAGUUCUCGAGAGAAUUGAAGGUCUACCUUUGCAUCGAUAUGACUGGUGGGCAGCCCCAGCUCAAUGCCCCUGGCCCCAAGAGAUCCCAGAACCAUUCCGAAGUCAAGAUUUAGCAGUUAUCGGCAAGGCGAUGCCGUGGACAGAAUGGGAUUUUGCCGCCCCCGUGUCGCAUUACACUGUCCAUCUGACUGGCGAUCAAAUCGAGUCUAUCUGGAACAGAAUAUCGAAUGAAGACCCCGGAAACCCGACAGCCGAGCGAAUCAGCCGACAUGACGCUGUCCUGGCUCACAUCUGGUCGUGUAUCACCCGUGCUCGAAAGCAACAAGAAGAUACAGGUUUGGUGCAUUGCAAUCUGGCAUAUGGUACACGUUCAACUUUCCAACUUGGAGACGACUUUAUCGGAUCGCCCGUCAUAAACAUCAACAUCGAGAUGAGUGGUAAGGAGCUAGCUUCGGCAGAGAUCCCCGUGGAAGCGAGAACCAGAGGCAUUGCGCAAUGUAUUCGCAAAACGAUUGGCCACAUGAGCCAGCCCGGAGCAGUCGCCGCCCACCUGCAUAGCGUGGCGUUUGAAAAGGCUCCUCAGCGUAUCUGGCAGGCAUUUCUAGGGUCUCGACACCUUAUUGUGACGAGUUGGGCGCGAGUUGGUAUCUACGAUGUGGAUUUUGGACUCAAGGCUCCAAUUCGGUACGCUGAGGGGGUGAUUCCGGAUCUGGAUGGAGAUAUUUUGAUUAAAGAUGCACCGCCCUCGGACCGGUCGAGGAGUAUCUCGGAUCGGAGGGCUUGGACGGAUGAUGGGGUUGAUGUCUCAAUUCACAUCCGGGCCGAAGAUAUGGAUCGCUUGAUCCGGGAUCCACUCCUGCUGCCAUGA